UCUUACAGGAAGUUAGUCGUAUUCAGCGCGUUUUUGUUGUGUACAUGCUGUCGUACUCUACCAUCGGCAGUGACACGAAUGUUGGAUGAAAAGUAAAGAGAUGGCCACCAUGGAGAAGGAAACCCCAGCCAAAAAGGUUGCAGCGCCUUCAGUAUCUCAAAUAAAUGCAGAAUUUGUCACGCAGUUGGCUAAUAAAUACUGGGCUCCACAUGCUAAGAAUAAACUACCUUUUGACCCAAAGGUCAUGGAAGAUAUCUAUGAAAAAGAGAUCCUCAUGUCUAAAUUCGCCAUCAGAAAAAUCAUGCUGCUCGAGUUCAGUCAAUACCUUGAAAACUACCUUUGGGUGAACUACAAGCCUGAGGUUUCCAGCAAAGCUUUUCUCAUGUCCAUUUGUUGCAUCGUCAAUGAGAAGUUCAGAGAGAAUGUUCCAGCCUGGGAGGUGUUUAAGAAGGAGCCCAGUCAUUUCCCAUUCUUCUUCAAAUGUGUGAUGGAAGCUGUGCUGGCAGGCGAGGAGGAUGGCCUCACGCUGAAGGAACAAACUGUUCUGCUGGUCUUCUUGGACCACUGCUUCAACAGUCUGGAGGUGGAUUUGAUCAGAGAACAGGUGCAGCAGCUCAUUUCUCUCCCGAUGUGGAUGUGCCUCUUACCAUCCAGACUCCAACACGAGCUGAAGAAAGUCCCAAAGCUGCAGAAGUUCUGGAAUCUAAUCAACAAGAAAUUUGAUAAGAUGGAUGCUGACGCAGCGGCACAGGCAAAGAAAGAGAGGACCUUCCUCUCAGCUCUUAUUAAAAAGUUUCAUGGAGUUCUCAUGUCAAUUCCACCAUCAGGAACAGUAUCCAUGGACAUGGUACACUACUGCGAGAGAUUCAUUGAGCUCAUGAUUGAUCUGGAGGCACUACUGCCCACCAGGCGCUGGUUCAAUACGGUGAUGGAUGACGCUCAUUUGGUGGUCAGCUGCCACCUCUCUGGCCUCAACCAAAGAGAGAAGGAGGGGCACCUUUUCCGCCAGCUUCUCGACAUGCUGAAGUUCUACGCUGGUUUUGAGAUCAACGACCAGACAGGAAAUGCUCUGACUCAGAAAGAAAUGACCACUUUGCACUAUGACAGAAUCACCUCACUGCAGAGGGCAGCAUUUUCUCAUUUCCCAGAGUUGCAAGACUUUGCUUUGUCCAAUGUUGCAUCAGUGGACACUCGAGAAUCCUUAACCAAACUCUUUGGGCAUCUCAGUCCAAACAUGCUCCACCAGGUGGCCUCAUACCUUUGUCUGCUGCCAGAGCUUCCCGAAGGGGAAGACACCACCAUCAAGAGGGAGGUUCUCCUUGAAUUGUUGGUGUCCCGUCAUGAGCGCAGAAUCUCUCAGAUUGAGCAAUUGAACCAGAUGCCCCUUUAUCCAACAGAGAAGAUAAUCUGGGAUGAAAACAUUGUCCCAACUGAGUACUACUCAGGCGAAGGGUGCCUGGCUCUCCCAAAACUGAACCUCCAGUUCCUGACCCUCCACGACUACCUACUGAGGAACUUUAACCUCUUUCGUCUGGAGUCCACUUAUGAGAUCAGACAGGACAUAGAGGAUGUGGUUUGGAGGAUGAAACCAUGGCAGUCAGAGUAUGGUGGAGUGGUGUUUGGGGGCUGGGCUCGAAUGGCUCAGACCAUCACCUCUUUUUCAAUCGUGGAGGUUGCCAAGCCCAACAUAGGAGAGAGCUGGCCCGCUCGUGUGCGAGCUGACGUCACCAUCAACCUCAAUGUACAAGAGCACAUUAAACAUGAGUGGGAAGGUCUACGAAAGCAUGACGUUUGCUUUCUGAUCACGGUGCGCCCUAUGCUCCUGUAUGGCACACGCUUUGACCGGCGCCAGCCCUUUGUGGAGCAGACUGGCCUAGCGUAUGUGAGAGGCUGCGAGGUGCAGGGCAUGCUGGACGACAGAGGCCGCGUCAUCGAGGAAGGACCUGAACCAAAGCCGAAGCUGCGAGGGGACACCAGAACAUUCCGUGUGUGGCUAGACCCAAACCAGUACCAGCAGGACAUGACCAGCAGUAUUCAGAGUGGCACAGAAGACCCGUACGACACUUUCAACAUCAUCAUGAGGCGCAAACCCAAGGAGAAUAAUUUCAAGGCAGUGCUGGAGACCAUCAGGCACCUGAUGAACACAGAGUGUGUUGUCCCAGACUGGCUUCAUGACAUUAUCCUAGGCUAUGGUGACCCAGGCAGCGCUCACUAUUCCAAGAUGCCAAAUCAGAUCUCUGCUUUGGACUUCAAUGACACCUUUCUGUCGCUGGACCACUUGCGGUCUUGUUUCCCUGGUAACACCAUAAAGGUCAUGGAAGAGAACCCAGAGCUGCAAGUCCCUCCUUUCAGAAUCACCUUUCCCAUCACAAAUAAACCAGACAAAGGGAAGAAGAGGAAGGCUGAUGAAGAAAUUAAGGACAAAGAGGAAGAUAAAACCUUAAUUGUUCAGCCUUACGUCACCCCUAACCGUGGACCAUACCCUUACAACCAGCCCAAACGGAAUACUAUUCAGUUCACUCCAACUCAGAUUGAAGCCAUUCGAGCUGGAAUGCAGCCAGGUCUUACCAUGGUUGUUGGGCCACCCGGCACUGGAAAGACAGAUGUUGCUGUUCAGAUCAUCUCAAACCUCUAUCACAACUUCCCUGAGCAGAGGACUCUCAUCGUCACACACUCUAACCAGGCCCUGAACCAGCUGUUUGAAAAGAUUAUGGCCCUGGACAUAGACGAACGCCAUCUUCUGCGUCUCGGCCAUGGAGAAGAAGAGCUGGAAACUGAGAAGGACUUCAGCAGAUAUGGCAGAGUGAACUAUGUUUUAGCUAGAAGAUUGGAGCUUCUUAAAGAGGUGGGACGAUUUCAGGAAAGUUUGGAUGUCCCUGGAGAUGUGUCUUACACCUGUGAGACAGCAGGUCACUUUUACCUCUACCAGGUAAUAUCUCGCUGGGAGGAGUACAUGAGCAAAGUCAAGCCUAAACAGGGCAAGCAAGUGGAGGUGGAGGCUGUUGCUGCUCACUUUCCCUUUCACAAGUACUUUUCCAAUGCACCUCAGCCUGUGUUCAAAGGCCGGUCAUAUGAGGAGGACAUGGAUAUAGCAGAGGGCUGCUACCGCCACAUCAAGAAAAUAUUCACCCAGUUGGAGGAAUUUAGGGCCUUCGAACUGCUGAGGAGUGGACUGGACCGCUCUAAGUAUCUCCUUGUGAAAGAGGCAAAGAUCAUCGCUAUGACUUGCACGCAUGCUGCCCUCAAACGCCACGACCUGGUGGAGCUCGGAUUUAAGUAUGACAACAUCCUGAUGGAAGAAGCUGCACAAAUCCUCGAGAUCGAGACGUUCAUCCCUCUGCUGUUACAGAACCCAGCGGAUGGUUACAGCAGGCUAAAGCGUUGGAUCAUGAUUGGAGACCACCACCAGCUGCCCCCAGUCAUUAAGAACAUGGCAUUUCAGAAGUAUUCCAACAUGGAGCAGUCUCUGUUCACCCGAUUUGUGCGCCUCGGGGUGCCCACCAUCGACUUGGAUGCACAGGGCCGCGCCCGCGCAAGCCUCUGUAACUUGUACAACUGGCGGUACAAACACCUUGGGAACCUGCCUCAUGUGCAGCAACUUCCUGAGUUCCAGGUGCCAAACCCCGGCCUCACCUUCGACUUCCAGCUAAUUAACGUCGAGGACUUCAAUGGGGUGGGAGAAUCUGAGCCAAACCCCUAUUUUUAUCAGAAUUUGGCAGAGGCAGAGUACUGUGUGGCUCUCUUCAUGUACAUGCGUCUGCUGGGGUACCCUGCCGACCGCAUCAGCAUUCUGACUACCUACAAUGGACAAAAACACCUGAUCAGAGACGUCAUCAACCAACGCUCUGCUGGAAAUCCAUACUUUGGACAGCCUAACAAGAUCACAACGGUGGACAGAUUCCAGGGUCAGCAGAAUGACUACAUCAUCCUCUCACUCGUCCGCACCAAAGCUGUGGGACAUCUAAGGGAUGUGAGGCGUCUGGUGGUAGCCAUGUCAAGAGCCAGAUUGGGCCUGUACAUCUUUGCCCGAGUGUCACUGUUCCAGAACUGCUUCGAGCUGACUCCAGCCUUCAACCAGCUCACUGCCAGACCACAGCAGCUGCACAUCAGAACACAUGAGUACUACAACCAGGAACAGCCGAGAGAUGCAUCUGGGCAGCCUGACCGAGUUGUGAAGGACAUGCCAGAAAUGGCAAACCUUGUGUAUCAGAUGUACAUGUACAUGAUGCAGACCUCCCAAAAGUACAGACAGCAACAGCAGAAGCUGGCUCUUCCUCCACAACAAAGCAAGACAGAUUCUGAGGUCAAAGACGCACCGAGUAGCUCUCAGGAGCUACAGGAAGAAGGCCCCAUGGAACAGGAAAGCCCACAAACAGAGAUUAGCUCUGAGCCAAACAAGGAGAACAAACGAGGAGAAGGGGAAGGAGACCAGAACUCCGAAGACCACGCAAAGAUGCCCGAGCAUCCAGGCAGAGACAGCGACAGUGAUGGAGAGGACAGCGCCGAGGAACAAUAGACCUUCUUUUAUUGGACUUCUAUAGGGAAAUAAAGUGGAUUUAUUGGUUUUCUACCAGUAGAAGUUCCUAAUGAUGAUGUUUUUUAUCUUUCUAAAACAUGUGAUUGUUACUAUCAUUACUUUAUUAAAAAAAAAUGGAAAUCCACAUCAGUUUUCUUACCAUGUUUACAU